AUGCAUUUCUUGACACGAGCCGCACGAUGGAAAAUUAUAUUUAAGAUCAUUUCAGCAGAAGUUGGACCAGAUAAAGCUCAUUACAUUAAAAUGCCAGAUAGUAGGCCAGAGGCAGAGAAUACUACGAUAAAUAAGGAGAAAAGGUUUCCUCGUAGGAGGUUUGUGGGGAAGAAGUUGAGUUCAGACCUGGGAGAUGGCACAGCCCUUGUUAAAUCAUCUCAUCGGAGGCAUGUUGGAAGAGCUGUGAAUCAGGUCCCAGAUGAAAUAUUGAAUGACGAGAGUCUCAACGAAGCCUUGAGGUUGUUGCCACUGAAUUAUAAUUUUGAAAUACAUAAGACAGUUUGGAACAUCAAGAAGCAAAAUGCAAAAAGAGUAGCAUUACAAAUGCCAGAGGGCUUAUUAAUUUAUUCAUUAAUUAUAUCAGAUAUAUUAGAACAGUUUUGUGGAGUGGAAACAGUGGUGAUGGGGGAUGUUUCGUAUGGAGCUUGUUGUAUUGAUGACUACACGGCGAGGGCAUUAGGUUGCGACUUUAUUGUACACUAUGCUCACUCAUGCUUGGUGCCUAUUGAUAUAACUGCUAUCAAAGUAUUGUAUGUCUUUGUCACUAUAAAUAUCGACGAAAACCAUUUACUCAACACCUUGAAAAGGAACUUUGACAAAGAAUCACAUCUAGCUGCAUUUGGAACUAUUCAGUUUAAUCCCACUAUCCAUAGCGUUAAAGCUAAGCUUGAGCACGAUGAAGAACACCCGAUCUUUAUAACCGCACCACAAUCCAUGCCCUUAUCGAAAGGCGAAGUUUUAGGCUGCACUUCUGCCAGAAUGAAUAAAGACCAAAUCAACGCGAUGGUGUACGUUGGUGAUGGAAGAUUUCACCUUGAAAGUGCAAUGAUUCAUAAUCCAGAGAUCCCAGCCUUCAGAUACGAUCCGUAUUCGAGAAAGUUUACUAGAGAACGUUAUGAUCAGAAACAAAUGAUAAAAGUUAGGGAAGAUGCAAUAAGCGUAGCUAAGAAGGCUAAAAAAAUCGGUUUGAUUUUAGGUGCCUUAGGAAGGCAAGGGAAUCCAACAACUUUGGAUAAUAUCGAGAAUGCAUUAAAUCAAAGAGGCAUUGAAGUGAUAAAGAUAAUUCUUAGUGAGAUUUUCCCCCAAAAAAUCGCUAUGUUUGAUGAUAUAGACGCAUUUGUACAAGUAGCUUGUCCCAGGUUAUCAAUUGAUUGGGGUUAUGCCUUCGAUAAGCCUCUUUUGACGCCAUAUGAAGUCAUGGUUAUGCUUGAUCUUGAUCAAAAAUGGCGUCAAGACUAUUAUCCUAUGGAUUACUAUUCAAAAGAUGGAUACGGUAGAGGAAAAAUUCCCAGCCAUACAUUAUAA